AUGGAUACCGUCGGCAGGGAGAAACUUCAGGAUUUUCUAAGAAUUAAACAGGAUAACAGUAUGAACAGAAAUACUGUCGGCGGCCGAAACAACCUGGCCGGCAUAACAUUAACCGCUGUCUUGAGCGACAGAAGGUUACCGUCGGAAGGUCCGGAGGUGUCGUCACCGCCACGGAUCCAGUCAUUUCGAACACUGUUAGAUAUAAUCCAAGAGGACCAAACGUUUAACAAUGCGCAUAUGAAGGAUAACAAAAAGAGCUGGAAAGGUUUAAAAGGCAAGCUUCGCUUCCGCCGCGGUGGCUCCGGGCCCGGUUCAUCCUGGACCUCCUCAAUGCGCAUGCCCACCUCUGAAACCCCCAUCAAUCGAGGCAACAAUACAAACGCCGUGAAUAGUACCAGUAGCCGGAUGUUCACGCAGCCCUACUUGGACCAGUCCACUCAGCCAGAUAUUGCCACAGUGUCUGAUGUAGAUAGAGACCUGAUGUCAUACCGGAGAAGCAGCUCAUCCCCAAGUUACCAGUGGAAUGCGAACCGUGCGGCGGGGAGAACAAACGAGGAUACUAAUUCAUUAUCAGUGCCGGGAGCAAGGGAAGAUGAAGGAGAUGAAGCAUCACCCACAGAGGUAGAGGCAGAACAAGUCCAAGGCGAAGGCGGGAGCGAAGAGGAGGAGAUGGGAAACGAAGAGAGUGGAGGGGAGCGGCAGCCAGUGAGGAUGUCAUUAAUGGCAUUGUUGGCAGAGACAGAUAGGGAAAUGGGAUUGGGUGGAUCAGCGUACUCGACCGAGGAGGAGGACAAUGACAGUGGCGCCGCUGCCCCCACCGUCACCGAUUAUAACAGCUGUUGUGUGUGCAUGGACUUUAUAUCGAGGGCCACAAUUGCCUCUGUGAACUGUAUGGACAGUGGCAGGAUGAAUGAAUUACUUGAUCAAAGAGUUCUAGUGUCUUCUCAAUAA